UCCAGCGAGCAGACCGCCUCUCGUGAACUAUGCUGCUUGGAGUGGGGCUGCCAGACCCGAGACGAGCAGCUGCACAGAAACCGCGCUUAAUUGACUUCGGCCUAAUUGUAUGGAUGGAGCCGCGGCGCGCACUGGAUCAGCACCAACUGAUGAGAAGCAUCAGGAGGAUAUGAGAGCGAUUCCACUGUAUCUGCGCUGGAUACUGGACCUGACCGGGAAAUUCAGUGGAACUAUUAAUGGGAGAAAGGCUUUCUGUAACCGCGCGCGCGCACACACGCGCACACAAAUGGGCUAACGGAGAGGAGGGGGCGCGCUCGCAACUUCCCAAGUGAUGGUCAGUCAACUCCAGCGGACCUUCCGCUACAGGUGUACCGGUAAUGCGGCUUCUCGUUAUCAGCGCAGACUCGACAGAAUAAGCCACGAGGGACCGCGCGGCGAGCCCGGGGUUGAGGAUAAAAAGUGAGGACGGAGCGACACGGGACGUAGACCACAGGAACUCUCGGAUUAUCACGCAACUUGAGAGGCACUUCUGCGGACGCUUUUCGUGGACAUACUACGGGCGGAAACCAGGAUUUCAAAAUUCUGCACAUCAGGAUUGUGAACCAGCGGACCACACUAUACUCAAGAGUUGAAGACGACAAAUUUCAAGGGGAAAAAACUCUCGGGGCGCGAUGAGGACGAUGCGCAGGCACGUCUCCGUUGGACUCUUCAUUAUGAUGUGCGCGCUCACGAGGCACAGUAGCGAGAGCGCGCACUCGGCGGCCCCCGAAAGGAGCGCGCGGCGGGAAGCGAGGCGAACGUCGGUGGCGCUGUGGCACAUCGAUGAAAGUCGAGGACACGGUCUCGCGAGAACCGCUGCUCCUAAAACGUCCGUGGCGGUGACCGCGGUGUUGCAGCAACGGGACUUACGGAACAUCCAGGCGGACAGAGGGCACCUGACUAGCACAGGGAUGUUCCCCAGAGAUCCAAAAAAGAAGGAGAAAUUCCUAAAGCAUAUAACAGGUCCACUCUACUUCAGUCCAAAGUGCAGAAAGCAAGUGUACAGACUGUACCACCACACCAGAGACUGCACGAUACCUGCACGUAAGGCGAAACGAGCGUCCCCGAAUUUCAAGAGAUGUGCGCGACUCCUCACCAGGCUCGCCGGCAGCCCACAGUGCACAGAAGGGUAGCCCCAACACGGUUGUAGAUGGUUUAUUUUUUGAAGAGAAAGGGCGAAGAGAGUCAACAAGUGCCUCGGAUUGGUACAAGGGAAGCCCCAGCUACUCCACCCUGCUCCAACAGACACCUGGCACCUGCUUCAUCCUUCAGUGGGCUCUCAUCUAAAAGGGAGGGGGAUCAGUGAACACCCAGUGUUCUGGUUCAGCCCAGAUGGAGGGACGAUCCUGAGAUCAAAACCAAACCUAGACAAAGAUGCAGGAUCUUCGCCGCCGAUGACAGAAGACCAACAAUCCCUAUCUCCAGAAGAACCAUAAAAAGGAUUGCAUCACUUUCUUUUUAUUUAAAAGAAAAUGGCAAACCCUCCGGCGGAGGGAGAACUGCGAGUGCAGUCAUUCUUUUUGGAUUCAGCCCGUACCACAGACUGCGCGAGAGCAGAAAGCCAGCAGUCCCUCAUGCUUUCACUCCUGUUCACACUGAAGACUGAUAUUAAAUUAUUAAGUGCUUUAAUAUUUAACUGCCAUUGACAUACAAAGAAGAGGACUCAGAGUGAUAUAGUCUAUAUUUAUAUUUAUAAAUGA